AUGUUGUAUGCUCCCCUAUACAAUGGUCUUUGUGCCGCACUCACUUUCAUCUUUAUCGGCAAUGGUGUCUGCACUCUCCUUUCAGAAUUUCGCCUAGAUGACAACUACACUUAUUUUGCUCUCAGUGCUCCCUUGCCUCUUCUUUUCUGUGUAUCCUUGUUCUUCACUCUUACAAUAUUCCAAACUAUCACAUUCACAGUCGGGCCCAUUGCUCAUUACCACCAAAACAGUCGUUACUACUCUGCGAUCCCACCACUUCCAAACCCUGUCAUCGACAAUGCACUCCCUCACACAUCACAAUCCAAAUGCCCGUCUACAAAGAAAGCCUUGCUAUACACACCCUCCCUCACAUCCAUCAAAGCAGCAAUGCAAACAUACGCACGUCAGGGCAGCACAUCCAGCCUUUUCAUCAAUGAUGAUGGCCUCCGUCUCCUCCCACCAUACCAGGCAAAAGAGCAUAUCGAGUACUAUGCAAAUCAUGGGAUCGGUUGGAUCACAAGACCACAACACAGACACCAAGGUUACUCCUCCCUCUAG